GUUUGGACCCCAGGCCUAUAUUUUGAUGUGCCAUUUGAAAAUUUUGCAUCGGAACAAAAAUCCCUUCCGUGACUUUGUUCAUAAACCUCUUCUCCAACUUCUCCUAUUUUUUUUCGGAGAUCGAAAUGAUUUUGUAAAAGUUAUAAAGGGAAGUCUGAGGUAUGUCCGACUGGGGUCCAAACGGACCCCAGAAAUAUGUGGAUUUUUCAACAUACAGAAGUGUUUGGCUGUCUUUGAUAUGUCCCCCAGCAAGCAUAAUUGCUUCAAUAUCAUGCAGUUUGCCAAGUAAACUCAUCCCUAGGAAUCAGGUUAUGAGGUCAUCCGAGGUCAUGACCUUUUUAUGACCUCUGAGGGCAAAGGUCAACCACAUGUCCACCUCUGCAGGCCUUGCCUCUUAGGUACGCCAUGGCCACCAGAGAGAGACUAGCCAGAUAUACGGCUGCAGAGGCCUUGCGUCAAAUACUCAACGCCCAAAGUGACGAUGAGAACAGUUCAGUUGAUGAGGAUGAGUCCGAUUUAGACGUCGAAGACCACCUGUCAGAUGCGUCAGACCAUUCUGACACAGAAUCUGUUCAGGAAGAAGACCACCCCAGGGAAGAGAUCCGUCAAGAGGCGGAUAGAGGUCUGGGAAGGGCUCGCGGAAGAGGUCGUGGACGAGCCAGAGGUCUUGGAGCUAGAGGACGUGGACGAGCUCGUGGAGCCAGAGGACGUGGAAGAGGGAGAGGCCGAGCACCAAUAAACAACCCGGCAGUAAAUCAGGAUGCAGGGAAUGAGAAUCCAGUAGUUGACAGGCCCUACCAAGGAAAAAACGGAACAGUAUGGGACCAAAACCCCCCUCCUCUCGGCAGGCGCCGAAAUCAGGACAUAAUAAGAAAUCCGCCAGGUAUAACUAAUGCUGCUAGGUGCGUGGACAUCCAGUCAGCAUUUUCCCUCUUUGUGACACCUGCUAUGAUUGAUCUUAUUGUACAGCAAACCAACAGAGAGGCGAGACGAAAACACAGAGAGUGGAAUGACAAUCAGGAGAAUGAAAGACAAGAAGAGUGGUGCCGAGUUGAUGGAACAGAGAUAAGGGCAGUGAUUGGAUUAUGCAUCAUAGCAGGUUUAUACCAGAGUAACCAUGAGCCUCAGGCUUCUCUCUGGUCUACAGCUGAUGGCAAACCAGUCUUCCCUGCAACUAUGACCAGGGAAAGAUUCAGAAACAUUUUGAAGUACAUGCGCUUUGACGACAGGGAGACCCGUGCUGAACGGCGAGCUACUGACAAACUUGCGGCGUUUAGGGACAUUUGGGAGAUGUUCAUAGCACAGUUACCAAAGUACUACAUCCCUGGCACAGAUCUCUGUGUUGAUGAGCAACUUGUAGCUUUCAGGGGAAGAUGCGCAUUCAGGCAGUACAUACCAUCCAAACCAGCUAAAUAUGGACUGAAAAUAUGGUGGAACUGCGAUGCGACAACAUGUUACCCCUUGAAAGGAGAAGUGUACCUAGGGAGACAACCAGGGGAACAGCGAGAGAUAGGCCAAGGGGCAAGAGUGGUAAAAGAGCUGACAUAUCUUUGGCGCAGAACAGGGAGAAACGUCACAGCAGACAACUUCUUCACUUCUAUCCCACUAGCUGAAGAUCUCUGGGAGGAUGGACUUACAUAUGUUGGGACAAUAAGGUCUAACAAACCACAUAUUCCAGAAGUGAUGAAGGCUGCAAACCACAAAGAAGUGAAUAGCUCCAUGUUUGGCUUCCAGGACCAACUGACUCUCACAUCAUAUGUACCUUCCAAAGGCAAAGCUGUCCUUGUUCUGUCAAGCAUGCACCAUGACGCAAACAUCAUAGGCGAGCAACAAAAGCCAGAGAUUAUCAUGCACUACAAUGCCACAAAGAGUGGUGUAGACAAUCUGGAUCAUCUAGCGACAAUGCACACAUGCAGGCGCAAGAUAAACAGAUGGCCAAUGGUGCUGUUUUUCAAUCUCUUGGAUGUGGCAGGAAUUGCUUCUCUGAUUGUCUUCCUUGGAAACUUCCCAGACUGGAACUUGUCUGCAUGCAGCCGGAGGCGCCGCCUCUUCUUGAGGGAACUUGGGUACAACUUAGUAAUGCCUCAUGUCCAAAGAAGGGCACAGAGCCCAUAUCUCAUGCCUGCAACUAGAGAAUCAAUGGCUCGCAUUGGUGUAAGAUCUGUCCGACGAGCAGAGGAGCCAGCAGCAGCUGCUGCACAAGAAGGGCGCAAGAGAUGCGAGUUAUGCCCACGCAGCUCUGAUCGGAAAGUCAGACGUGCUUGUGCAGGAUGCGGAAGAACAGUUUGCGCAGAACACAGCUACAAGCAAUACGUAUGUGGUGAUUGCUUGUAGCUUUGUUCUACAAACAUCGUCUUCUUGCACUUUGCACUUAGCACAGGUAGAAGCAAUUGUAGUGUUGCCUGAUAGAGAAGAAGCAGAUAUUCACGUGGUCAGGUUACCCAUCACAAUGUCCAAUGAAUUCUGUACAAUGACAUUCUUAUAUUUAUAUGUCUUAUUUUAUCUGCAUACUUGCUUUUUCAUGCUAACCUCCAUUUUUAUCAGUGUAAAUACAGUAAUGCCACUUUUGUUUCUAAAGAAGUAGCUACAGUCACUUUGUAUAUUAUUAGAAUUACGAUCAUCGGUACCAGUCUGUAUGUGCUCAGCUAAUUAUAACUGUGAUAGCAUAGCAUAAUCAGCUCUUGUAUACUUUACAAUCAACUUAUAUUCUAAGAUUCCUUAUUCAAUAACUAGUUUUUGAUACUUGUUUCAUAAUAGGUAACAUAUAAGUAUGUUUAGACAUGUCAGGGACGAAAUUUGUGGGAAAAAACGCAAAAUUGUUAGCAAAAAAAUGUGGUCCUCCUCCACAUAUUUGCAUAAAUUAUGAUAAUUAGCUGAAAUUAUUCACACCUAAACAAGCCAAAAUUUUUCAUACACAACAAGGACACUAUUGUUUUUGAAGAAGUAGACACAAAUCAGUUUAUAUACUAGGAUUUAGAUCAUGGGUACCAGUCUGUAUGUGCUCAGCCAUUCCUAAAUGUGUUAGCAUAAUCACCUCAUAUAUCUAUAUUUAUAUUCCUUACUUUUAACUUAUAUUCAAACAUUCCUUGUUCAAUAACUAACAUUUGAUACCUAUUUCAUAAUAGCAACAUAUGAAUAUUUUUGUAGACAUGUAAAGGACGAAAUAUAUGAAAUAAAGGUAAAAUUUGUUGUUAAAAA